GCAAUAUUCGUGUAUUUGGGACGCACAUUGUCUCUCUGCGUUCCUUGCGCAUCCUGAUUCGGCGUCUUGGACAAUUCGAAACUCCUGGUCUAUCACCUACACUCACUGGGUUGUAUCUCGAGGAUGGCAUUUCUGAGCUGAUCAGCUUGGGGGCAGUCUUAUCACAAGGGCGUGUGCUUGGCAUCUUCACAAAUGGACACCCCCAUCGCUCAGAGUUGGGCGAUGCAUCUUGCUUCUGAAAAUAGAAACGGUGAUUGUCCAAGCCCUGUCCAGCGCUGUUGUAAGUGACGGGCUUGGUUAGAUUAGUGUAAAAGCUUCCACAGUGAACAGGCUCAGAAGCAGAUUUUGGGGUUGAACGCAAGCCCACGGUUCGGAGCAAACCCCACAUCCAGCAAAGCCCUUCUUUGAGAAUGUCUGAAUUCCAAAGCCGACCAGCGGCCGAUUCCUGGGAUGCACAGGGGCCCCUGAGCCAACUAGACUGGGAACAGUUGAUGCAAUCCCCAAAGGAGAACACCAGCGUGCGCAAGCGCAACCGGCCAACCAGCUUCGACGUCGUGUCAUUACAGUUUCCGGAUGGGGGAAGCCAGUUCUCCUGGCCCGAGCAGUCAUUGAUUGGGGCAGGAGGGGACAAUUUGGGGCAGCUCCUGGAGGGAGGAAUUGAUGCCUCUGGGCAAUUGUUUGGGGGGUACGGCGAGCGGGUUGAAUCGUUUCUGGCAGAAAGUUCGGACAGCGCAGCGGGAAACCCUAAAGCACUCACGUCCACAUCGGAGAGCUCAGGACCGUUCACGGGGUUUGGGUCCUUCGGCGAUGCGGCUAAUUCUGCGCGCCAGACUUUGGACCCCCUUCCCCCAACGUCCGCGCCAGCUGUCGUGCCAUUCAGCCGCCAGGUGUCGGACCCCCUGCCCAAGCCCUCACCAGCUGCCGCACAGCUGGCGCCGUCCCGCUCACAAAAAGUGAUCUCCAAGUCAAUGACCACAGAGGAGAUUCACAAGGCGUACGCUCAGAGCUGGGGGGGCGCCCUCAAGGCCGGUCCCACCGGGGGGACAACCAUACAGAGACAGCCCUUGCAGGAGAAGCCCCCCGAAAAGUUGAAGCGCGAAGGGAGCAAGUCUGAGAGGUCAGCGAACGCCGCCAAGGCGCAAGCAGCGAGUAUCAUACGAGAUCUGUUCCGGCGGCCGGGGGCGAAACGGCAGGCGGUGCCCCUUGAAGGGGGGCAGAUUGGGGUCUUGGAACGGGGGUUCAGCCAGCUGUCGGCACAGCCAGUUCACCCCCCCGCUCGAAAGUCUCCCCCUUUUGGCGCCACCCCUGUUACAUCUGGGUCCUCAGGGGAGAACGCUGUGUCCCCUGCAGGCUCGCAGAGCACGUCUUUCCCUCCUCAGGAGCCCCGUCCGGUCUUAAACACGCAAGCUGUGCCGCCCAGGGGAUUGGGUGGAGCGCCAAGUGGCGGCGCGGGAGGGGUUGGAGUUCGGAGAGUGCCGAGGAGCCCGCCAGCCCCCGCGCCUAGUUCCGCAACCGACCUGGCUUCCCUGCAGCAAGAGGCCCAGGCGCUGCUCGCAGCGAUGGGGGGGUCCGCCAGGCAGACAAAGGCCCCCCCUCCUGAGGCUAAACUUCCAUCAAAGCCCGCAACAUCGGCAGGGAAAUCGGGCUCCAAUUUCCAGAACAGGGGGUUCACAGAUGAUUCCCACGAGUGCCCCCUGCUGCGCGCGGUGCAGGUCGCGGGGUGCCAGGUGGCGCUUGCGUGUCCGGUUACGCUCGACGCCGGCCUUUUGGCUUAUGAUGCUUGGCAAAAGAUCUCGGACGGGUGCCCGAACCCGCCGGAGGAGCUGCGGGUUCUGGGGAGGCAGGCGUCGUUGAAUGUGUCGGGGUUGGACGAUCUUGACAGCUUGGACUGGUUGCUGACGUCAGAGACUGGGGAGAAGGGGCUGGGGGACAGCGGGGGUGCUGCAGGUGCUGUGCCAGACUUUGGUGCGGACUCCAGUCUCUGGGGCCAAGGUUUCUCGGACCUGCUCGCGGACGUUGGGAGGAGCGCCCGAGAGCCUCGAGCUGCGGGGCCAAGCACACAGUCAGCCGCUCCGGCGAAGUCAGCCGCAGACCCCGCCAAACCGUCCCCGACCCAUCCGCUGCACCACCUGUGGGCGCAACUAGAGCCGGCGCAAGUUUCCGAGCCGCGGUUCCAGCCGUUCCGGGCGGCGUACCGGGAGGAGGUCCGCCGGUUGCGCGUCUGGGCGGCGACCUUCCUGGGCGAGGCGCUGCUGCCAGCGGUCGCCGAAACGCACUUCGUCUCGUGCAACACGGUGCCUAACUUGGGCGACCGGCACGUGCGGAUGAUGCUCACCAAGGGCAUGCUCUGGAGCGCCUUCGUGACCCACAGCCUGGUCACGGCGAGCCCUGCCGACAUUUACUUUGCGCGGCACGACGGCCCCCAGGCGUACCGCGGGACCAACCCCGCGGGGCUGGACAACAUGACGAGCGGCAUGCAGCGCAAGUGCAAAAACAUGUGCUUCGUAGCGGAAGAUCUCAAGGACGAGUCCACGUACGGCCCCGAGAUCUUCCGCACGUACGGCGCCCUCCACAAAUCGGUCGGCCUCACUCAACCCCCGCCCCCCCCCGGUUACGCGUGCCAGCAGAUCACCUUCCCGGAUUUAACCGACCCCAAACCCGGUCCCGUUAACCUAAACGACCCCCCGGAGGAGCUGAUCGAGUUCGACGAGCCUCAAGUGAUGACCAAGUGUUCGCCGACUGGCGGCAUCUCGCCGUGGGGCAUGUUUUGGUUAAAUAAGAACCGGUUGUUGAGUACCGGGAAGGGGUUGAGGGACGCUGGCGAGCGCGCGCGCGGCGCGCUGCAGGGGCUGUUUGAGCGCACGAUCGAUGCCCACGUGGACAAGUUUGACGUCAUGGCGACGGGGGCGGCGCCGGCGCUGGACAGGUACCUUUCGUAUGCGCGCUUCGAUUGCGGGUUAAUGGUGGGUAUGGGCCUGGCGUUCUGCGCGUUCGGGCAGUCCCUCGCAGACGCCGGGCGCUGGGAGCCGACUGUCGAUGACGUGGAGCAGCUGUUCGAGGAGACUGCGACAGCGAUGGAGCUUGCGGGAAACGUUGUCCGUAUUACGAGUGAUCUGCGGACGUACCAAGCCGAUCUGGUGCAGCUCCGGCCGAACGCGGUCGCGAUCCGCAUGCGCGAGGCGCACUGCAGCCACAAGGAGGCGCUCGACUUCCUCGUCGAGCGCGCGGCGCGCGACAUCGAGGCGCUCGGCGCCGAGAUCAAGGCACACGCAGCUAAGGACCCGUUUGCGCACGCGUGCUGGCGGUUGCCCUUCGAGCUCUGCCGCGUCGGUGUGGCGAUGUUCACGGUGCUUGGUGCGGAGGGCCGGGCUAAGGAGCUGUUCGAACUGGGUUAAGGAGCUCGUUGACCUGGGUAAGGAGCUUCCUAAAAAGGGUUAAGGAGAUGUCUGGAACGCGUUAAGGCGCUAUUUGAAGCGGGUUAGGGAGCUAUUUGAAACGCGUCAAGAAGGAGCUUUUUCGACGGCUUAAGAAGCUCGUGGGGACGAGCUAAGGAGCUUGUUGUCAAUGUUGAAUUGGGUGGUUGAGUUGGCUCGGCUUAUGUGGAGCUUGACUGGAGGACAAAUUCCUGGGUACUGCAUAGGGUGUUUGUAAGAUCCCGUACCUCCUUUACUAUUGAGCGAAACAUUCUUAGAGUGGAUAGGGGGCUGGCGCGAACUCACCGAGCGUGGGUGUGCCAUUUGAAGAGGGAUUUUGGCACCAUAAUGCGUAUGGUGCAAGAUCGGGAAUCGUCUGUUGGAGGUUGACACUUCAUCUUUCAUAAUGUAGAAGUGGAAGGUUUAGGAGUGGGGUUGUAUGAAAUGUGGUUUUUAAAAGUGAAGGAUACGCGAGUCGUAUGUACAAGGGUUACAGCUAGCUUGGCUACGUAUGCGGCAUCGUUUAACGUGUAUGUAGUCAAGUGUCCCGCACAGUUGUCUAGCUUGGCGCAAUGCCAAGAUGGUUCCAUUCUGAUCAACCAACUUUUCUGUAAGUCCAUCACUCAAAGCAUCCAAUUACGCUUUGUGAGACUGGGGUCAAUACAUUUCAUGUUGUGGCCAAUCCAAUCUGGUUGUCAGUAGCAUCCUACAAGCCGCAUGCCAUUGCGGUGACAGGCUUGUUUUGCUAUAGUAGCUAGCUUUUGUAACGCAUGUCUCUAAUUAUGGUCGUUUAAAGGCAGCCUGAGUUAGAGUUAAGGGAUACACGUACUCAUUCAAAGGUAGUAACCGUCGCUUUAAGUAAUUUGCCAGUGCGCCCCCCGCGUAGAUAACAACAGCAAAAAACAUCAAGUUUGUGACAUGUAUCUAGG